ACUGAUGACGUCUAGGGUUGCAGGGUCCUUUUUGGAAGCUCUUGCCGUCAUCCCUGAUUUGGGCAAUGGGGCCGGUGGGGUUUGGGGGCGGAGGAGACCCUCGGGGUUGAGAAGCAUGUAGUGGCCUUUCGUCCUCUGUAAAACAGUGGCACACAGUGUGGGUCGGCAGCGCUGGAUCUUUGCAAGUUAAGUAGGCGCUGGCGUUGUUUACUUGUCGCCUUCUCUGUAUGUUUUUUCCCCCAUGUUCCCUACCCUUGGGGCUAGUGAGUCUCCAACCUCUGUACCCAUUGUGUGAUUCUGCCUUGAUGACGUGAGUUGCUAGUUCUGACUUCCAGGUGUCACAUUCUCUUCAAAUCUUUUUUUGAUUGGUGUAGAUACCUGUGGAGGGCGUAGCUGUAGCCCUCUUUAUUACCAGUAUCGGAGUAUAUACUACUACCUGUCUGCCCUCAGGUGCUUUCUUUUCCAGUGAUCUUAUUUCUGCGUAUUCAGUGAGCAAAUGAUUGAAAUGGCUUAAAGUGGCCUGGCUAUUACUUCCCUAUUCAUAUUAAAACACUUUGUUUUAUUUUAUUUGAGAGUUCAAUUUAUUUCCUUUCAUAAUCUCUCUACCUUCUCAAAUCUUCUCUUCUCAUACUCCGAGCCUGUAGUUACUUUCUGUUCCCAUUUAUUUUGACCUUUUUGCAUUGCAAAACAAAAAAAAACCCUCCAGUUCUGGAAAUCAGGCUUGUUUAGUUUUACUUUAAUUGUCAGAUCCAGUCAGUGUCUGGUACCUAUGUAGUAUGUUCUAGUAAAUUUUUGCAGUAGAGACUAAAAAAAAAAAAGAGAAAGAAAAGAAAAGAAUGGUGUGAAAAUUUAAGAAAAGGAUCCUCUUGUUACUGUCAUCGCUGUCACAGAUAAAAAUACUGCCUUUACCCUGGAAUAUGUUAGUCCUCUCUUGGAGGAAAUGAAACCCUAAAGGUUGACUGUGGUCUCUGCAGCCACCCAGUCCUGUAUUCUGAGAGCCCCCUUGGCUUUUCCAGUCCAUCAGAUUUAGUUUGUUUAGAAGAAAAUAAAUAAACAUGUAAUGUAUGAAAGUUAAGUGAGACUGUCUUGGCAGUUAUAAAUUAAUAAACAUUUACGGUACGGAAGUGGUGUGAAUUUUAAGAGGAUGUUAACGAAACAAGAUAUGGCUUUAAAGAGGGCCUGAAGAUAGGUGGGAAAACUGAAAUUCUUGAAACAUGUAUUUUAUGGACCGAACGCCAAAGUAUGACUAAAUAAAGUAGGACUUAAGAGAAUAGACAACAAUAUUGGAAGAAAAUGAGAAUUGUGGUAGAGUUUGAAUAGAUGAAGAAGGGAAGCCAUUUAAGUUGGCAAUAUUACAGCAAGGACAAAUUAAAUCAGAAGGGAAUUAGGAGUUUGACACUUGAAUGUUGGCGUGGAUAAGAGCAUUAGGAAGAAGGACUCUUGUUUACAUUUCUGCAAAUCUCUUUAAAUCCUGGUUUAUUAGAAGAAAGGCUGGUUUCUUAUGUUGGCUUCUACAUUCAGGUUUUUGGGGUAUGUUAUUUUGGUCGAAAUGUAUGAAGAAAAUACAGCUGCAAUGAUAGGUAGUCAGAAACAGAGGAGCAUUUUUCAGAUAAUUGUGGAUGUUUUUUGAUCCUACACCAAAGCCCAACAAGUGGAAGAUUCUUAAAGGUCAGUUGCAAGGUGGAAUCUGAAACCCUAUCAAUGAGCUUUUCAUUCAUUGUUACAUUAAAAUCCAUUAGCCCAUCUUGCACUUUGAAAGGAUCUUUUACCCAUGCAUGGUUUUGUACUAUGAUGCUAUGGCCACUUAGAAAAUAUUGGUUUACUGAGUUAUGCACAUCUUUUAAAUAUGGAUACAUUUCAUUACACAAUAUCAAAAUAUCACAUUUCAUUAAAUUGCAACUGAUCUUGUCAGAAAUGUCUCUGAAAAUUCUAAGUAUUGAAGAGUUGUCAAGCUUAUAGUUGUGGAUGUAAGUCUUUCAAACUCCAGUUUUCAUUUGAAAGUUUGACUCUUAUCAUUAAUCAAAUACUGUCAGUUUUUCUUUAAGAGAUAGGUUCCCUUUGUUCAUUUGACAAAAUCUGCCAAAAAGCGAAGUCUGAAUAACCAUAGUUUGACGAUUGUUCUUUCAAGUAAAAAUGGUGUUCCUUGAAGAGUGGUUGUUUUAGCUUUUAACUCUAAACUUUUCUUGGAGAUGACCUACAUCUUGGUAUGCAACAGAAGGACUUUAUGUAUGCAUGCUUCAUAUUUUACCCCACAAAGUAUUAAAAAGAGUCAAGGGUUGAAUUUCAAUAAAAUGAAUUUAUACUGCUUUGGGAAGCACCGUCUUAAUUUAAAUUGUCCCUUUUUGAGCUUGUGGUGAAGAAUACAAUGAUUACUGGUGCAGUUUGGUGCCACUGUCUUGAGUCACGCUAAUGUACCAGUAGUUUUACCCACUGUGGCUAUGAACCAUGAGUGCAAAUGCCAGCACAGUGAAAAAGGCAAAUAGCAUCUUUGUAUUUAUUAUGAGAAUAGUUUUCAACUUCUGAAUCUCCAGAAAGGAUUCUGGGGACUACCAGGGCCUAGGGAUUUCACACUUGGAGAACUUCUGCCAGUCAUCUACUAAAGAUUCAGGACAUGGGCCAGGUGUGGUGGCUCACACCCGUAAUCCCAGCACUUUGGGAGGCUGAGGCAGGUGGAUCAUUCGAGCUCAGGAGUUCGAGACCAGCUUGGGCAACAUGGCAAAACCCCAUCCCUACUAAAAAUACAAAAAAUUAGCCGGACCAGGUGGCAAAUGCCUGAGGUUCUAUCUACUUGGAAGGCUGAGGUGGGAGGAUUGCUUGAGCCCAGGAGGUGGUUCUCGCAGGCAGUUGCAGCAAGCUCUGAUAGUGCCUGAGCAACAGAGGGAAUCCCUGUCUCAAAAAAAAAAAAAAAAAAAAAAAUCAGGACAUGAAUGUUGUCUGCUUUUGUCAUCUUGGGCAAAAAGAAUGGACUUCAGCUUCUUCCCACAUAAAGAAUUGUUAGAUUUGGUCCCUCAUGCAUGUAAUCUAACUAUGUCUGUCUUUUCUAUAUCAAAUCUAAACUGUUCUGUCUAGCUCCAAUGUCCUCUGUAAUUUGGCUCACACCACCUUUAAAUUGUAUUUGUCAUUACAGUAGGAGACUCUCCGUUUUUGUAAAGCAAAUUUAUUCUUGUUCCUUAAAGUGUGGGCAUCAUCUGGGAACUUGUUAGAAAUACCAACUAUGUGACCCCAGUCCUACUGAAUCAGAAUCUGCAGUUUAAUAAGAUCCCAGACGGUAUAUCAUGUAUUCUCAUUAGUUUAAUAAAGAUUCAUCUCUUCUCAUUCCUUCUUCUGCCCCAGUGGUUCGCAACCUUGACCUUUCAUCAGAACCACCUGGGGAGUUUUAAAAAUCUCUGUUCAGACCAGUUUAUUUUGAAUCUUUUGGGAGAAGCUGGGGGGACUUUUAUAAUUGUUAACAGAAUUAUAUAUUUAUUUCUUUUAUCAAAUGCUCUAAUAACUACUAUUUGUUAAGUAGUUACUAUGGCCAGCCACUAUGGUAAACCCUUUAUAUCUCAUUUAAUCUUUAAAGCUUGUUAUGAAAGAACUAUUCCUAUUGAUGAGGAUACUUGGUUUUAUUUUAUAUUGUAGUAAUAAUUGAUAACAUGAACAAAAAGCUCUUUAAGGUUAUCAGUUUUAAAACCAUUAUAAAGGGAUUCUGAGACCAAAAAAUUUGGGAAUCUCUGGCUUAACUCUUCUGCCUGGUUGCCCUUUCGCAGCUUGUCUGCCUGAUAUUGGCAAAAUUCUUUGUAGUAAUACCUACAAAAUUCAGGUUUUCUUUCAUUCUUGAAAUCCAAUAAAAAACAUUUAUUGGAAUAUUUUGUGUCAAAUACUGCUAAGGAUAGAAAGAUGAGGCUCAGCUUUUAAAGACUUCAAAAUAAAUUUGGGGAAUGUUAAAAAUAUUUGUGAAUUCCUUUAAAAACAAGCUCAUUCAAAUCUUAAUAUAAAGGGACAUUUUAUGAAAAAUAAAUUUCCCAAAAUCAAGAAUUUGAGCCUAGAUGCUUUUUGUUUGUUUGUUCCAAAGUCUUAACUCCCUUCUCAAUUUUUUUUUGCUGUUCUGUCACCAGCUGAAAGACCAGCAGUAUGAGGGAAUGACAUGCAGCAACUUGGAUGGGUUUUAAAUGCUCUGUGCCAAAUGACACAAGCCAGACUGAAAAGACAACAUAGUAUGUGAAGGCAUUAUGAUAUUCUAGAAAGGGACAGAAAACAGAUAGUGGUUGUCAGGGUGAUACUGGUGGGCUGAGGGAGAUCCCCAAACACUGGUGGGAUCUCAACCCCAGCUGGUUUUCAGGUGCUUGACACUGUCAUGAGAACACAUUAAAGGGCAAGUCAGAAAAUAGUGCAAGUAUGGAGAUUUAUUAAAGGGAAAGUACACACUCUUGUGGGCAUUCUUAAGAGAGAGACGCUCAAUGAGGUUUGGAGUUUCUACAUUUAUGGGUUUCUUUAUCCAAGGGAUAUAUUCAUGAAAAUUCCUGGAAAAAGGUAGAGACUUUUUGAAAUUAUGGUGCCACCCAUUUUUGCAUCAAAUAUGAGUGGUCUCAGAACUGCCAUGGUGCUGGUAGGUGUGUGAUUGAGCAUGUUAAUGAGCAUAUAAUGAGGUCCUAGGUGAAACCUAGGUCAAAUCCAUUGCCAUGUUGGGUCCAGUGGGUCUUAACCAGCUUGGUCCACACCCUGGUUUUUCAGGGUCUUAUUAGCCCUUAGCCCCUAGUCAUGAAAACGGCUCUGUGGAAUUUUUUAGGAGUUCCUACAAAGGGUCAAAGGAAUUUUCUGAGAUGAUGGAAUUGUUCUUGUAUCUUGCUUGUGGUAGAAGAAUUUGGAAGCUGCAAAACCAGUUUGGUGGUUUUAUUAGUUUCAUUUAGGCCCUGGAACUGCAGGAUGCUCAGAAAGAAAGUAACCAAUGAAUCUGUUGAAAAAGUGAAAAGAAAAAAACAAGGCUUUUAAAACUACCAGAGCUCUUAUUUAGAACAAUGGUUCUCAAGUUUGGCUCAGAUUGAAAUCCUCAGGCAUUUAAAGUACUGAUGCUUGGAGGAGGCUUAUGCUCCAUUGAUAGAAUUGAUUGGGGAAUGUAGGGAAGGUAUAAGGGUACUUAAAAGUUACCCAGGUGAUUCUGACUCACAGUCAAGGCUGAAAUAACAUAGUCUCUGUCUGCAAUUCCCUGUAAUUGAGUAGAGUAGAAGUUCUCAAAAUAUAGCUCCGGACCAGCAGCAGCCUCACCUGGGGAAGCUGUUACAAAUGCAGAUUUUCUGGCUCCACUCCAGACUUCUUGAAUCUGAAACUCGGAGGAUGGGGCCUAGCAAUCCAUGCUUUAACAGUUCCUCCAGGCUAUUUUGGCAUUCUGCUGGAUAUAUGUUCGUAAAUACCAAAGUCGGCGGGAAAGUGAAGUUGUCUCCACCAUAACAGCAAUUUUUUCUCUAGCAAUUGCACUUAUCACAUCAGCACUUCUACCAGUGGAUAUAUUUUUGGUUUCUUACAUGAAAAAUCAAAAUGGUACAUUUAAGGACUGGGCUAAUGCUAAUGUCAGCAGACAGAUUGAAGACACUGUAUUAUAUGGUUACUAUACUUUAUAUUCUGUUAUAUUGUUCUGUGUGUUCUUCUGGAUCCCUUUUGUCUACUUCUAUUAUGAAGAAAAGGAUGAUGAUGAUACUAGUAAAUGUACUCAAAUUAAAACGGCACUCAAGUAUACUUUGGGAUUUGUUGUGAUUUGUGCACUGCUUCUUUUAGUUGGUGCCUUUGUUCCAUUGAAUGUUCCCAAUAACAAAAAUUCUACAGAGUGGGAAAAAGUGAAGUUCCUAUUUGAAGAACUUGGAAGUAGUCAUGGUUUAGCUGCGUUGUCAUUUUCUAUCAGUUCUCUGACCUUGAUCGGAAUGUUGGCAGCUAUAACUUACACAGCCUAUGGCAUGUCUGCGUUACCUUUAAAUCUGAUAAAAGGCACUAGAAGCGCUGCUUAUGAACGUUUAGAAAACACUGAAGACAUUGAAGAAGUAGAACAACACAUUCAAACAAUUAAAUCAAAAAGCAAAGAUGGUCGACCUUUGCCAGCAAGGGAUAAACGCGCCUUAAAACAGUUUGAAGAAAGGUUACGAACACUUAAGAAGAGAGAGAGGCAUUUAGAAUUCAUUGAAAACAGCUGGUGGACAAAAUUUUGUGGCGCUCUGCGUCCCCUGAAGAUCAUCUGGGGAAUAUUUUUCAUCUUAGUUGCAUUACUGUUUGUAAUUUCUCUCUUCUUGUCAAAUUUAGAUAAAGCUCUUCAUUCAGCUGGAAUAGAUUCUGGUUUCAUAAUUUUUGGAGCAAACCUGAGUAAUCCACUGAAUAUGCUUUUGCCUUUACUACAAACAGUUUUCCCUCUUGAUUAUAUUCUUAUAACAAUUAUUAUUAUGUACUUUAUUUUUACUUCAAUGGCAGGAAUUCGAAAUAUUGGCAUAUGGUUCUUUUGGAUUAGAUUAUAUAAAAUCAGAAGAGGUAGAACCAGGCCCCAAGCACUCCUUUUUCUCUGCAUGAUACUUCUGCUUAUUGUCCUUCACACUAGCUAUAUGAUUUAUAGUCUUGCUCCCCAAUAUGUUAUGUAUGGAAGCCAAAAUUACUUAAUAGAGACUAAUAUAACUUCUGAUAACCAUAAAGGCAAUUCAACCCUUUCUGUGCCAAAGAGAUGUGAUGCAGAUGCUCCUGAAGAUCAGUGUACUGUUACCCGGACAUACCUAUUCCUUCACAAGUUCUGGUUCUUCAGUGCUGCUUACUAUUUUGGUAACUGGGCCUUUCUUGGGGUAUUCUUGAUUGGAUUAAUUGUAUCCUGUUGUAAAGGGAAGAAAUCGGUUAUUGAAGGAGUAGACGAAGAUUCAGACAUAAGUGAUGAUGAGCCCUCUGUUUAUUCUGUUUGACAGCCUUCUCUGUCUUAAAGGUUUUAUAACACUGACUGAAUAUCUGUUAUGCAUUUUUAAAGUGUUAGACUGACAUUAGGAUGAGCUAACUAGCUUUCAUCAAAAAUGGGAGCAUGGCUAUAAAACAACUAUAUUUUAUUAUAUGUUUUCAGAAGUAACAUUGUAUCAUAGAUUAACAUUUUAAAUUACCAUAAUAAUGCUAUGUAAAUAUAAAACUACUGGCUUUGUGAGGGAAUGUUUGUGCAAAAUUUUUUCCUCUAAUGUAUAAUAGUGUUUAAUUAAAAAUCUUCCAGAAUUAAUAUUCCCUUUUGUCACUUUUUAAAAACAUAAUACAUCAUUUGUAUCUGUGCCUUAGGUUCUCCAGAGUGAUGUGGAAUUUUAAAGUGUCUCUCUCUGAUUGCCUCCAAAUAAAAUUUACAAUAUAGCUGAUGAAUGUUACUCCCA